GUUGGCCGUCAUGCAAUAAUAGUAUAUUCCUUAAAAUGUAUAUUAUUUGAAGUGUAGCCGAUUUACUUAUACACCAUUAUUUGUGGCUUCUUAUCUUCCAUUGGUAAAUGGACAGAUAAUUGAUCCCAUAUCCGAGAUGAUGGGUGUUGCCGAAAUGUUGAAAGAUGAUAGAAGACUCAAAUUUAUAUAAAACAAGAAUGAAGUACAAGUACACCCAAAAAAAAAAAAAAACACAAUUCAGUUACAGUAACGCGAGUAAAAGUAAUUCAUUACUUUUCCAUCUCUUACUGAGAGUCUGUGGUUCUGGUUAGACCCGGGUCUUUUGGGGUCUGGGGGGGCUGGACUGGACUGGACUGGGAGGAGACUUGAGAUGCGGGGUGGUGCAAUGUGGCUGUGCGCGCUCCUGCGCUCAGAGGACACAUGAGAGAGCUGAGCAGAGUCGGACCAACCUGGACCAAAGUGAGUGUUGAAGUCAGUCUACCUCCCACAGUGACCAUGAGAGUCCUCCUACUCAUCUGCAUGCCAGUUCUGCUGCUCGCCCAGGGUCAGUACGAGGAGCCGUUUCCAUUGCUGGAUUAUGUGCCAGAUUAUUUUCCAGAGAGUCCAGAUACUGAAAUACCCGACUCUCUUCCUGGAACCUUCCAGCAGCAGGUUAGACUUCACCCGGUGGUCCGUCCAGAAAAAACAGGGUCUGAUGUGGAGACGGAGCCCACAGAGCCCGGCCCUCUUGAUUGCAGAGAGGAGCAGUAUCCCUGCACCAGACUCUACUCGGUCCACAAGCCGUGCAAGCAGUGCCUCAACAGUCUCUGCUUCUACAGUUUGCGACGGGUCUACGUCAUCAACAAGGAGGUGUGCGUGAGGACCGUGUGCGCACACGAGGAGCUGCUCAGAGGUGUGUUCCGCUUAGUCCGUGUUUAUGUGCGUGUUCCACUUAAGCCUGACUCCUCUUGUCUGUGUGUGUGUGUGUGUGUGUCUUUAGCGGACCUGUGUCGUGACCAGUUCUCUCGCUGUGGCGUGGCAGCGCUGAGCGGACAGUGUGCGUCACUAGGAGGGAGCUGCGGGAAAAGCUGCGGCGGCUGCUGAUCCAGUCGCGAGGUCGGUCAGGGACACGACCUGCCCACGUCCUCAACCUGUCCACAUCCUCCGCUUGUUCCUCCUCCUCCUGACUCUUCUACCACAACUCAUUACUCUUGUGUUAGGUUAGGCUCAACUCCUCCUCUUCCUCCUCCUCCUCCUCCUCCUCCCGCUCAGUAGAUCCCGUGUAUGGUUAAAUAUAACUUUGAUGAUUGUAUGAAUCACUGGUGCUAUAAACACAUCACACUGGUGCUAUAAAGAGUUAACCUUUAGAGAAGCACAUAAAACUGCAAACAUGUAGUGUUGUUUUGUUUGUAUCACAUUAAUCUCUCUAAUGCUUUGUUUGACACACGUUACUGUACUUUGUGUUGAGACGCAGUCGUUGUCACGAUGAUCUGUGCACUGACAUCGGACAAAACUAAUUGGUAUGUGGGGGCCGUCGGCAGUCUCACUGUAGAAGACCGUGAGACGUGAGAGGAGGCAGACAGGUGGUGAGUGACCUCAGUUUUUGUGCCGCCGCGUGGUGGAUCUGUGCUUAGCAACCAAAGCUGCGAGCGCACGCCGGUGCACCCCCCCAACCCCCCGAGGCAACGCGUGCCCUGAAAAGGCACCUCACGAGCCGCCUCUGUACUACUGCUUUGUAAAACUGUCACUAUAAAGACUGAGAAAAAAAAUAAAACUUUUUUUUUUAA